GUUUAUACCUUCUCCAACCUUCAUCGCGACUGCUUGUCUGCUAAAAAAGCCCUGGCGCUACAAUCUGUCAACUAUGCCGUCGGGAGGUCAGUUUCCCAUCGAAAUCGUAGACGCAAUCAUCCAUUAUCUCACCCACGGUUGGAUCGGUCCAAAUGCUCCCGAUCAAAACCAGCCCUCUUUGUUCGGGGCCUUCCGAAGCUGGGGUCGAAUCGGCGGCGCGUCUCGUUAUGCCACUGUCGACAGGACCUGGCAGGAGCUUGUCGAGCGUGAGACCUUCGCCGAGCUGCGCCUGGACCUCGGGCGGCUCAAGGAGGCCGGCGCCAUUCUGAACAGGAUCCCCCGGCGGCAACGGUGCGUGCGCACCAUUCACCUCAACAUCGUGCUUCCCCGCCACGAGACUGCGGCAGCCGGGGGAGUGGCGGCCGAGGAGAAGGACCAGAACGACAGGUUGCUUCAGGAUACCUUGGUGGCUUUCGUGUCGACGCUGAGCCGCUGGACACUCAGGCCCCCGGUGAAGCUCACCCUCGACGCGUUUGCGCCGACAGACAGGGGCUACCGUGACGAGGGAGAUGCGCCGCACGAACGGCUGCGCGGUCCCCGAGAAUACUCGCCGCUCGAGCUCAAGGAUUCUGACGGCGUCCUGCGCUGUGGGCCUGUGGAUGGGAUCACCGAGGUUGAUAUGGAGAGGAAUAGGCUUAUAGGGCGACGUAUUUCAGGCGCCGCCAUGUGCACCCUGCUGGCGAGGCUGCCGGGGGCCAAGAAAGUAUCCAUCAACUGGUGGGAUGGAAGGGGUGACCCUAAGGUGCGGUCCGAUUUGACCGAAGCUCUAUCAGAGAUCACACAUGCCAUGGACCAAUUCCACAUUGUCGGCACCUAUUCCCAGCUAGACCACCACCAGCCUGCACAAGAGCCCCAGGAACCAGGGGUCAAGGUGGACGAGCUUUCUCUGGCCCUCGGCGUGCUCUCCCAGCGACUAAGAUACCUCGACAUUUACGAGGUCGCCGUCAGCGACGACCUCUUCCUCCACCAGAACCUACCCCCUGAGAUGUCACCUCCCCCUCACUGGGCGCGGCUGGAGAACCUCGGCCUCCACUACCCGCCCGUCUCCCCGUCGGGGCAGCGGCUAUUCUAUCCCGACCCCAGCGCCGCAGAUCCGGAUCAGGCGCCCAUUGUCGCGGGUCCCUCGGUCCAGCGCCGGUACCUCGUUGCGGCACGGUCAGCCCUCGAGAUGCCCCUGCUCAGGAACAUGACGCUCGUGGCACAACUGGGCCGCCAGGGCCACUGGCACAAGUUCUGGUAUCACCGGAACCCAGGGGGGAGAAACCCCGCCGCCGGGGUGAUCUGGACCAGCAGCUCCGGGUUCGUGCCGGACGAUGAGGUGCUCGAGGCCUGGCGGGAGGUGCCGCGGAAGCACGGGGACGGGGGCGGACUGGAGGUCGAGAUCCUCCAUGACGAGUAUGCCGUGUGAGCGCGGCCAGGGCAAUGGCCCACGACUCCCAGUGCUGGCUAAAGGGCUUUUCUUUUUCUGGGCUACUCUACCUUCAGAAUACCCAAGAUUGAUCAAUUUUAUUCUAAUUGAAAUGCCCGAUUGCGCACACGGUGAUGAAUCCUCGUAUCGCCUUCCGAGUUCUUAAAAUGGUGUUGACAAGUAAAAGCGACAAAGAUAUUCCAUUCUUCUAUAAUAAGGGUAGGAAGUCUACCUAGCUAUGAACGGACCUUGCAACCACACGAAACGGUUCCAGAAAACUGAAGCUCAUAAGUCAGACAACAUAGGCCGUUGUGUAAGCUAACAUCAUAGCUAUCGCGGCAUGAAUGAUAAUAAUGAUAAGCGUGGCUGGAACUUUUCGUGGUAUAAUCCUUGAAUUGACGAAAACCUUAAAUCCUAAGCGAGUUUCAUCGACUUCCCAAAUGGGCGAUAGCUCCUGGAGAGGACAAGCUUGUUUCG